UCAACGAUAUCAACCGAUGUAUACCGAAUGUAGCUAAGAUGUUGCGUUCACGCCCCCUGUUGAAGUGAGAAAGUUAGAAACAUGUCAGAUUAUUAAACAGGUGAUUUAAAGUAUUGAUAUAAAGAAAAGUUUAAAGGAAUACAUCUCAUAGCAUUAAAGAUGACAAUUAUAUACAGCUGCAUUGCACGGGGCUCAACUAUCCUGUGCAGUCAUGGGGUACAGACAGGGACUAGUGAUUAUGAACAGGCUGUAGCAACCAUCCUGCCUCAGAUUCCUACAAGAAAUGAUGGGAAAACAACUGUCAAUGCUUCAAAUACAAAAUUUCACUGUAUUGUAGAAAAUGGCAUAAUAUUUUUGUGUGCAGCUAAACCAGGGACUGAAACACGGCCUUGUUUUGCUUAUUUAACAGAGCUUAAAGACCAGUUUCAUAAUCAAAACUUUGCAGAGCAGGCAGUCACAGCCAGGCCUCAUGAGUUUGACUCUCAAUUUAACAGUGUCAUGGCAAAACAGAUGGAUAGGUAUUCGAAGAAAAAUGCAACUGAUAAUUUAACAGUAUUGCAAGGUCAAGUGAAGGAGGUUACUGGCGUGAUGUCACAAAAUAUAGAAUCUGUUAUUCAACGUGGGGAGAGGUUAGAUGAUCUCAUGGAUAAAACAGACGAACUUGAAGCUGCUUCAGCAACAUUUCAAAGAACAGCAACGAAGAUCAGGAAGAAGUACUGGUGGAAGAAUUUUAAAAUGAAGAUAAUAGUUGGAUGUGUGGUGUUUGUUGUUGUAGUAGGAAUAGUACUAGCUAUACUUUAUGGCUCUGGUAUCGUACCUGGCGAUAGUAGUAGUUCUAAAACCACAGCUUUACCACCUACACCUACAUCAAAAAGUCCUUGAUAUCAUUGUCAACACAUUUAUCUUUUUUAUAAUUUUGAAGAUGCUAUUUAACAUAUAGCAUUGUUUUGUUUAUGUGGUGUUCAUUAUUAACGAUAGUGCAAUUGAAGUAAAUGUAAAAAGUUGUUUAGUUUUUAAAAGCAUUGUUUGAUACUUUUGUCAUAAAAGUAAAAGUUGUAGUAAUGUCUAGAAUAAUUUUUGACUUAUAUUAUUUGAGAACAUUAUAUUGUUGUUACUAUUAUCUUUUAAACUUUGUUAAGAUUUGUUUUACUUAGGAUAUGGUUAUUAAUGCAAUUAAAGAAAAAAAUACUUUUACAGCUUUUAGCAUAAUUUUUUAAUCUCUUUUUAAAUUAAAUUUAUUUUGUUGCCAUAACCAAUAUUAUAUAACAUCACAAACUUUUUUUUUAUAAUUACUGCUCAAUCCUUACUGUAUUAAUGAAAUUAUACCCCCUUGCCUAGUAUUUUAACAUUUUUAGAUUGUCAUGCCCCUUGUUGUUGUAAUAAAUCAAUACCAAAGUUGUUUUUUUAUUAAGCCUUUAUUCAGACAAAAUUAUUUUAAAUUUAAAUAUUUUUUCAGCAUCUUUCUUUAUAGUUUGUCAGAAUAAAUUAGUUAUCUUAUUAAGAUGAUAGUUUCUCCAGGAAGCUUUAUUGAAAUAUUCUUCCUCAUUGACUAAUUAAUAAGUGGCUUUAAUUGUGUUGUGCCAUAAAAUGACCAGUACUUGUAUAAUUAUGAGACUAUGUAUAUAAGCAUUUUGUAGAGGAAGAAAAUGUAGAUAUUAUUAUAAGCAACCCUUUGUACAGACUUACUGUAUAUUAAAGGGAGAAUUGAUGACUGAUGGUUUAUUCUACAGGCAUAUACAUUGUGUGUAUGUUUCCAAGAUGAUCCUGUAGUCAAACUUGUACAAAUACUCAUAUAAUUUCAUGUAUACAUUGUUCAUCAUGUCAAAUUGUAAUGGUGGUGCUAUUUAUAACUAACUGUUCAGAUGUAUAUACAUGUUGUUGUUUUUCUGAUAUUUAUGAUAAUUUCUAUCUUGCAGGUCUAUGCAGUCUAUGCUCAAAAUAUAUAAUUUUCUUUCUUAUAAUUAACCACUGAAUAUAGUGCCAAACAAUGCAUGCAUAGUUGUCUUGAAAUAAUUUCUGUACAUGAAAAAUAGGUAUUCUUUGCAUAAUUUAAAGAACCUUGUAUUUUACUUAAAUUUUAAAUUGUAUCAUACAAAGAAAAUAUAUGUACAUCUUUGAUAUUUCUAACUGUCAACACUUUCUGUGCUUGACUUUGAUGGAUCUUGAAUUUAUGCAAUACAAUACUGUGUUAUAUGAUGACUUCUGUUUUAAUGUUUAAAUCUGGUAGCUGUUCUUCGAGUUUAUUCUAAUAUACUUUUCUUAGUUGUUUAUUGCAUAUUAUUUCAAUACUAAAACUGAUUUCAAAAAGAUGAUUAUAUUAUUAUUAAUGACACUGUUUCAAUAAAUUAUUAUAAAUUGUU